AGGUCUGGGGAGAGAGGAUCGUGAUGAUUCAGAUGAUGCUCCCCAGCAGCGAAGGCCUGCAGCAUCGGCACGUACGGGAAGCUGCCCCUGUUGUCGAGGAUGAGCCUGUGAUAGCUGGGGACGAGCUAGUGGUAGCUGCAGACGAGCCUACGGCAGCUGCAGAUGAGCAUGUGGUAAAUGUGGACGUACAUGGACCUAGUGCAGAGGCUGCUGUAGAUGAGCCUGAGGGAUUUCCAGGUGGACCGAGCGACCCAUCAGUGAUUACCGAGUAUGCUGAGCAUGUUGCAGCCAGCGUAUGGACGAAAGAGGAACGUCCUGAAUUGAAGUUAUCCUCCCAUGGGAGGAAGGUGUAGAAAUUAGGUACGCUUGUUCCUGCCAUUGAGGGGCUAGUUGCUGGGACAGGACUAAGUCCUUUGAUCGCCUGUUCAGUAGACACUGGCAAUCGGGGACUUAUAUAUCCUCGUUUGUGGAGAGGUGGCACAAGGAGGCUAGUAGUUUCCAUCUUCCCAUAGGGGAGGUUACCAUCACCCUGGACGACGUGGCAUCUCUUCUUCAUCUUCCCAUCGUUGGCGACUUCCAUACCUUCCAGCCUCUGCACAUCGACGAGGCGAUGUUGAUGUUGGUUGACUUACUACUGGUCUCAGGAGAGGUAGACAGGGCCGAGACAGCACAUUGUCAUGGACCAUAUAUACGCCUAUCAUGGCUACGAGAUAUAUAUCAGCGCAGAUGUCAGGCCGGACAUUGGACAGCUAUAGCUCGUGCCUAUCUUUUUCAUCUUCUAGGUUGCACUCUUUUUGCUAACAAGAGUGCCACCCAUGUUCAUGUUGUCUUCUUAGACGCUCUGUGUGACCUCGGUCAGACUGGGAGGUAUGCAUGGGGAGUUGCUGCCCUGGUGCAUAUGUACGAUCAUUUGAAUGAUGCUUGUAUCAGCACCAGCCGACAGCUUGUUGGUUACAUCACCCUCUUACAGUGUUGGAUAUAUAAGCAUUUUUCGUCAGUUGCGGAGUGCAUCGCUGAUCCGGACUACGACGAGGUGUCACCACGUGUAUGUUGGUGGAUUGCGAUGAAGGUGACUAUGAAGACCAUAUCCACAGCGACGUAUAGGGAGCGUCUAGAUCAAAUCAGGAUUCUAGAUGUCUGAUGGAUGCCUUAUGGGGAGCAUCGACCUGUGCAGGAGUUUCAUUUGAUUUCAUGCUUUUCCGAUCAACUCCGCUAAGGGCCCGUUGCUGUCAAACACCGACCAGAGAGGGUCAUGCGCUAGUUUAGAUACGUCUAGAGUAUUCUUGCACCGUCUAUCGAUUCAUGGGAGUCAUUUGAUGAAAUAGACGACAGGUGGAUGCACUACUCAGACCUUAUUGCGCCAACAGGUGAGAUGUGUGUUGUGUCAGGUCAGUGUGCGCCCGAUUACAUGGACUGGUUUUUCGUCAUUUCUCAUCCAUUUAUGACUGCGACACAACCAUUAGAUCCGUCGCGAGAUGCACCUGCGAUGAAGCCCAGACAUAUCCCUCAGGUCCCGGAGCCACAUAUCCCUCGAGUCCUAGAGGCAACAGCAACAUCGACACAUGCCUAUUCUGAUGAGGACGAGCCCAGACAUGCGGUGGUAAGUUUGACUAUUUGCGAGAUAUGUAUUAAAUGUCAUUUACGUCAAUUAUUUUAAUACUAAUUUGUGUAAUUUGUUUGUUUUCUAUUUAACAUGAGGUUUGCCAUGCGAUCGCUGAAAGGUUGGAGCGUCAUCUCAACCUAGGGAUAGUCACGCUAGGCACAGAGACACAUGAGGUCAUCAAACAAUGCCUCAGGAUUGUCAGGGGUGUCACAAAAGACCACAUAAUGUAUGUGAGGUCUCGACGUAGGCGGCGCACUGAUCAGCCAUAGUUUCUUUACACAUUUGAUAUUAUCAUAUUUGGACGAUGUAUAUACUUUUCUUGUAUUUGAAAACAUUUUUGUUUUUGAGUGAACAUUUUGUAUAUUUUAA